UUGUAUGUUCAUUGUCGGAACAAUUAGAGAACACCGGAAUAAAAGACAAGCGUUUUUAUGUCCAGUCAAGAAGAAGAUGUCCAGGACCCAAAGGAUGAGAGAUCCUCUCUAGGACACAGGAAUAUUCCGUUACAGGGUUACCGAUGCGUCAUCAAAUCAAGCAAAAUGUUACUAACAAAAUCAACAGCAGCACGAUCAAUAAUCAUGGCAGUAAUAGGAGCAUUUAUCUGGAGGGGAAUAAAAGUUUUCAAUCCCUUUUGGCUGUUUCCAACCAACUGACAGAGUCGUCGGGGAUCGAAGAUAUCAAGACAAUUUUGCGGAACCAAUUAAUUGAAAUGAAGAAGUACAGUAGCAGCAUACAAACAUUAAGUGGUCCCUCCGCGUUGCCUGUACUUCGAGAGCUGGCAAUGAAACUGUAUGAACCAGGCCACCUAAACGAAGAGAUUGAUAUACAGAAGAUAUGUAUGCACAGGGGGUUAUCCCUACGGCUGCUCAUUCUGAUCACCUCAGCACAGUCCAAUUUUAAGGAAAGAAUGUCCAUAAGGCGGACCUGGAUGAACUAUGGAAGCAGGCAAAUUGUCGGCAUGGCUUUUAUCCUUGGCCGUACCACGAAUGCAUCUCUGAACGAGUCUCUCAACAAGGAGAACAAUAUUUAUGGCGAUAUGAUACGAGGCCACUUCAUAGACUCGUACUUCAAUCUCACUCUGAAGACGAUCUCGAUGCUUGAAUGGGCAGAUACACACUGUCCCAAUGUGAAAUUCAUCCUUAAGACAGAUGAUGACAUGUUCAUCAAUGUUCCUAAACUGCUCGAUUUCAUAGACGCUCGGUACAAGAACGAUCGAACUAUCUACGGGCGAUUGGUCGAGGACUGGAAACCCAUCCGAAAAAGAACGUCAAAGUAUUUUGUUCCAUAUAAAUUGUAUAACGGCUGGCAGUAUCCUCCGUUUACCACCGGACCCGCGUACCUCCUCACUGGCGACAUUGUCCAUGAGCUAUACGUGCAAUCACUCAACACUUACUAUAUUCAACUAGAAGAUGUCUUCAUCACGGGCUUCGUGGCCAAAAGGUUAAAGAUUAGGAGGGAGCACGCCAACGAAUUUCUCAACAGCCGAAUCUCGCUCCGUCCGUGCAAAAUUCGCAACGUGAUCAGCGUGCACAAGAUCAAGCCAAGGGAACAAUAUCAUCUUUGGAGGGACCUGUUGGAUUCGACUAUUAAGUGUAAAUAGUUUUUUUUUUUUAAUUAGCUAAGGACUAAAUCUAUGUAAAUGAUAAGCAUUUUUCU